AUGUUUACAACGCAAAAGGACUAUCGCCCCAUAGGAGAUCUUGCAAAGUCUGCCGUGAAGGAAGGAUGCCCCAUCUGCAGUAUCCUCCACCAGGCUAUCUCGGGCUUUCUAGCCUCGAGGCCGUCAGAAAUCCAAGUCCCUGUCUCGACUCAAGACCAAGAUAUUCGAUUUGACUUUGACCGGGAAGAAUCCAAGGUGUAUUUGCUGUGGGACACCGAGCCCAUUAGAGUGAUGUCCGAUGAAGGUGCAGUCGUACACACCAUCCAUAAGCUAGAGCCUGUGAUGGACAUAUUUAUCUCUCCAGAUCAGGCUCAUUUGUCGCGCAUGUUUCGUGUAAGCAAAGACUCGUCUGGGGACAUUGGAUCUGACGCCAGCAUCGCGUUGAUCAAGCAAUGGCUUGAAAAAUGCAACACGCACGAAUCAUGGCUCUGCGGAUCUCACCAGGAUUUUGAAUUUCCUACUCGACUUGUUGACGUUGGCAACACGUCCACCGAUACCGAGUCGGCGGUCAGACUGGUCGAGUCACUCACGGGAACAGGCCGGUAUAUGUGUCUGAGCCACUGUUGGGGUUCGAAAGAAGACGAAAACACCACGCCGUACAAGACUGUCAAAGCCAACAAAGCGACGCAUCUUCAGUGUAUUCCUCAUGACAAGUUGUCCAAGACAUUUCAGCACGCCAUAGACAUCACUCGAAGGCUUGGUGUGAGAUAUCUUUGGAUCGACUCUUUGUGUAUCGUUCAAGAUGACCCUUUGGAUUGGCAGAGGGAAGCUGCACAGAUGGCUUCCAUAUUCAACCAUUCAUAUCUCACACUGGCGGCCACAUCGGCUUCAGAUGGGACAAAAGGUAUCUUCUCCUCGACGUCGAGCGAUUACAAGAGCCGCCGUAUCGAGUGUUCCCUGCCUGCAGCUCGUGACUCCUGGAUGAGAAUACCCUUAUGGCAACAGACCAAGUACGUGGUUCAUGUUCGUCAUGCUAUCCAACACCAUUUCCUUGAGACUGUGCAAGAAGAAUCGUCGUCCUGGAUGUUCCUCGGUGGGAAGUCUCGUAAGGAGUCUAGGCUCCCCCUCGUUCAACGGGCCUGGGUGUACCAGGAGCGCCUCCUCUCAGCACGCUUGCUACACGUUUUCCCGAAUGAACUGGCGUGGGAAUGCCGCUGUAGCCAAUGGUGCGAGUGUGGUCGCUUGCACCCUUCACGGGGCAUCGUGCAGAUGCGCGAUAACGUAUACUGGACAAAAUACUUGCUGGAAUGUGUGCGGCGAGGUGAAGAGCCAGAAACUACUCACCCGUGGUUCACCAAGACCGACCUGGUCUACGACAUGUGGCAGUCGACGGUUUCAAAUUACAGUCAUCUGAAAUUGACGUACCCCUCCGAUAUCUUCCCGGCUCUGGGUGGUGUGGCGCGGCAAUUUGGGAAGUUGACAAACAGCAGAUACCUCGCCGGUUUAUGGCAGGAUAACCUGGCGACUGACCUGCUUUGGAUCUAUGAGGAAGGCUGGCGUGAGCCUGGUGCUCUCAACGGCCGUGUACCCUCGACAUCGUCGGAAUGCCGUGCCCCAUCGUGGAGUUGGGCUUCACUCAACGUGCCUGUUGCGUGGAAGUACCAGACAAGCAUGCAACGCCACAAGGUGGUCUACCUUCACUCGAUCAUGGAGUUUGUCGAAGCGGACGUUGACCACGUCUAUGACCCGUUCGGCGAAAUAAGAGGCGGUGACCUCACGAUCAGGUCGUAUGCUCUUUACGGCGUCUUGCAGAAGGCUCCGAAAAGUCGACACAAUCGCGAAAGAGCCGAGGGACCCAAGUUUGACGUCGGCUUGUCUCCAGAAGAGGGGCCCAAGAGGAGCAGACCAAAAGAUGUCUUUCCCUCCGACGUCGUCUACAACGACUGGGAUUAUUCGGUCGCAGACAGUGGGCUUCACAUAGAAGAGGGCACCCAAGUACUUUGCCUCGCGAUAUCGGCUGUUUCUCAAGGAGACUAUCGCCGUGGAUAUCACGCCGUCACUUGUCUGGUGCUUCGUCCGGUGGCGGUUAAACAUAACCGUCAGUUGUAUGAACGCAUCGGCGUGGUGUCCUUCGAGGACAUAAGGUUGUGGAAUCGGCUCACAGGACCUGAUGACGAAUACAUUAAUAGCGAGUACGGCAAGAUCGAAGAGCACGACACGCCUGAGAAAGUAACGGUAAUCAUUGUUUGA